UCCGGCGCUGGGCCGGGUCGGGAGAGCGCGUUCGCCAAGGCCAGGAGGUUGAGUUGCGGCUCUCGCUCCGGCUCAGCUGCGUCUUAGCUCUACUGUCGUGGCCCGGGGCGGAGGCGGCGCUCUCAGAGUGUGGCUGGACGGACGGCCGCCGGGCCUGGCAGCGCUCAGGAUCAGGACCGGGAGGUGCGGGACCUGGACGCACCGGUCGGCACUCCGCCGCUCCCCGACGUAGGGCAGGGCGCUGCCCGCCGCGGUCACACCCCUAGCCCCGACUCGGCUCCGACUGUCCCGCGGCUCGCAGAAGCCGCAGCGGUGUGCGGCGCCCUGUCCCGGAGUCCUUGUUCCGUGUCCGUAGGCGCGAGUGUGGUGGCGGCGGUCUCGGCCACUCAGACCCGAAGGUCAUCUCUCUCUUUACUCCUUCUGCCCUGGGCUUCGACGCUUCCCGCUACCCUGCCUGUCUGCGGGGUGGGGAAAAGAAGAGCUGGCUGUGACCUUUGCCCUGUCCUGGAGGCUCCAGCCUUGGCCUGAAUGGCAGCACCCCCGCUGGGCCGUCUGGUGCUGACCCACCUGCUGGUAGCCCUCUUUGGCAUGGGCUCAUGGGCUGCAGUCAAUGGUAUCUGGGUGGAGCUGCCUGUGGUGGUGAAAGACCUACCUGAGGGUUGGAGUCUGCCCUCCUACCUCUCUGUGCUUGUGGCUCUGGGGAACCUGGGCCUCCUGAUGGUGACCCUGUGGCGGCGCCUGGCCCCGGGCAAGGGCGAGCGGGUCCCCAUCCAGGUGGUGCAGGCGAUGAGCGUGGUGGGCACGGCCCUGCUGGCCCCCCUGUGGCUGCAGGUGACCACAGUGGCAGGGCAGGAGCACUCUGUGGCCUUCCUGGCUCUGGCCUUCGUGCUGGCGCUGGCCUGCUGUGCUUCUAACGUCACUUUCCUGCCCUUCCUGAGCCACCUGCCGCCUCCCUUCUUGCGGUCCUUCUUUCUGGGCCAAGGCCUCAGCGCUUUGCUGCCCUGUAUCCUGGCUCUAGUGCAGGGUGUAGGCCGCCUCGAGUGCCCACCAACCCCCGCCAACGGCACCCCUGGGCCCCCCCUCGACUUCCCAGAGCGUUUUCCUGCCAGCACCUUCUUUGGGAUCUUGUCCACCUUAUUGGUCAUUUCAGCUGCCGCCUUUCAGGGUCUCCUGCUGCUGUUGCCAUCGCCAUCAUCUGUACCCACGGGUGGCCCAGGGCCUGGCCUACAGGUGGGAGCCCCAGGAGUGGAGGAGGAGGAAGAAGAAGAAGCCUCACCCCUGCAGGAACCCCCCAGCCCGGCAGCAGACGCCACCCCCAGCCCAGAACCUGUGGCCCCCAGGCUGCUCUCCACCCACGUUGCCUUCCUGCUGGGCCUGCUGGCCGUCACCAACGCUCUGACCAACGGCGUGUUGCCCGCUGUGCAGAGCUAUUCCUGCUUGCCUUACGGGCGCCUCGCCUACCACUUGGCUGUGGUGCUGGGCAGUGCUGCCAAUCCACUCGCCUGUUUUCUGGCCAUGGGUGUUCUGUGCAGGUCCCUGGCAGGGCUGGGCGGUCUUUCUCUGCUGGGCAUGUUCUUUGGGGCCUACCUGAUGAUACUGGCAGUCCUGAGCCCCUGCCCGCCGCUGGUGGGCACCUCUGCAGGGGUGGCCCUUGUGGUGGUGUCGUGGGUUCUGUGUCUGGGCGUGUUCUCGUACGUGAAGGUGGCUGCCAGCUCGCUCCUGCAUAGUGGGGGCCAGCCAGCGUUGCUGGCCGCUGGCGUGGCCAUCCAGGUGGGCUCCCUGCUCGGCGCUGUGGCCAUGUUUCCUCCCACCAGCAUCUACCAAGUGUUCCGCAGCGGGAAGGACUGCGUGGACCCCUGUGGCCCCUAAGCCUAGUGUGGGGGAUGCACUUUGCUCCCCCCACCUGUUUUCAGGGUGCAGCUGCCACAGAGACUGCUUGUCCACUGCCUGGGGAGGCCCGCCUCACAUGCGGCCUGCUUACGGACAGUUGCACACUUCACAGGCGAACCUGGCACUGUAGGCCAGGUGGGGGACACACAGCAGGCUCAGUGCCAGGGCCCAGCUGGGAACGUGGACUUGGCCCAGGACCUGUGUGGGAUUUGUAUAAUAAAGCAUUUUUAUUCCAUGA